GGUGGCGGGUCUCGCUCGGCGCCUCCGGUUCCUGCCCCGGCUCUCGACGCUGCGGCGACGGCGGCCCGGGAUGGCCUUCAUGGAGAAGCCGCCGGCCGGCAAGGUGCUGCUGGACGACACGGUGCCGCUGACAGCGGCCGUCGAGGCGAGCCAGAGCCUGCAGUCGCACACGGAAUAUAUCAUCCGGGUGCAAAGAGGAAUUUCUGUGGAAAACAGCUGGCAGAUUGUGAGAAGAUACAGUGACUUCGAUUUACUCAACCACAGCUUGCAGAUUGCAGGCCUGAGUCUACCUCUUCCUCCCAAGAGACUGAUUGGAAACAUGGACCGGGACUUCAUAGCUGAGAGGCAGAGAGGCUUGCAGAACUACCUUAACACCAUCAUGGGCAAUCAUGUGCUGUCCAACUGUGAGCUGCUCAAGAAGUUCCUAGACCCAAACAACUAUUCUGCAAACUACACUGAGAUCGCCUUACAACAGGUUUCCAUGUUCUUCCGAUCAGAGCCAAAAUGGGAGGUGGUAGAACCACUGAAAGACAUAGGUUGGAGGAUAAGGAAGAAAUAUUUCUUGAUGAAAAUUAAAAACCAACCAAAGGAGCGGCUGGUGUUGAGCUGGGCUGAUCUUGGCCCAGACAAGUACUUGUCAGAUAAAGAUUUUCAGUGUCUAAUCAAGCUUCUGCCUUCCUGUGUGCACCCUUACAUAUACCGGGUUACCUUUGCCACGGCUAAUGAGUCCUCAGCGUUGCUGAUUAGAACCUUUAAUGAAAAGGGAACUUUGAAGGAUUUGAUCUACAAGACAAAACCAAAGGACCCCUUCCUAAAGAAAUACUGCAAUCCCAAGAAAAUCCAGGGCCUUGAACUCCAGCAAAUAAAAACAUAUGGACGGCAGAUAUUAGAGGUACUAAAGUUUCUCCAUGACAAGGGAUUCCCUUACGGCCACCUUCAUGCGGCCAAUGUGAUGAUGGAUGGCAACACUUGCCGGCUGCUCGAUCUGGAAAAUUCCUUGUUGGGCCUUCCUUCCUUCUACCGGUCCUACUUCACACAGUUCAGGAAAAUCAACACAUUGGAAAGUGUAGAUGUCCACUGCUUUGGCCACUUACUGUAUGAAAUGACUUAUGGACGACCUCCAGACUCCGUGCCUGUCGACUCCUUUCCUCCUGCACCAUCCAUGGCUGUGGUGGCCGUGUUGGAGUCUACGCUGUCUUGUGAAGCCUGUAAAAAUGGCAUGCCUACCGUCUCCCGGCUCUUACAGAUGCCAUUAUUUAGUGAUGUUUUACUAACAACUUCGGAAAAGCCACAGUUUAAGAUUCCCACAAAAUUAAAAGAGGCACUAAGGAUUGCCAAAGAAUGUAUAGAGAAAAGGCUCGUUGAGGAACAGAAGCAGAUUCACCAGCACCGAAGACUAACGAGAGCUCAGUCACACCACGGGUCUGAGGAAGAAAGGAAAAGGAGAAAGAUCUUAGCUCGAAAGAAGUCAAAACGAUCUGCUGUGGAGGACAGUGAAGAACAGCCAGUGAAGCACAGCAACUCCAACAACUCAGCAGGAUCUGGGGCCAGCUCACCUCUUACAUCCCCGUCAUCUCCAACUCCACCCUCCACAGCAGGGCUGUCUUCUGCAUUGCCUCCACCUCCUCCACCACCUCUGCCUCCACCAGCAGGUCCCUUGCCAACAGGCACAGAGACACCUGCUCCGCUCCUGCCCCAGGCUGUGAACGGGGAGAGCCGUGGGGCCUUGCUCAGCUCUAUCCAGAAUUUCCAAAAGGGAACUUUGAGGAAAGCCAAAACUUGUGAUCACAGUGCUCCUAAGAUUGGCUGAUGCUUCUUGUUUACACUGGGAGGGCAGGCUCUUCUGUGGCACUCCCACCUGUAGCCCCUCUUCCUAGGUGAGUCCUUGCACAGCCUCCCUCAAGUCCCUUCCUGUGUGAGUCCUUGCAGAGCCAGCACAGCCAGUCUUGCAGACACAUGCCAGUUAAGAGGCUUUUCAAGAGGGAAAUGCUCCCCAAGUAGAAUAAAGUGGGGCCAGCCUCAUUGCUGCCUUAAUGAGUGUUUUGUUCCUUUGUGACUCUAAUGGGCUUCCUUUAGGGGCAGCAGCAUAUAAGGGAGUCAUUACUUUCACCAGCUAAAGGAAAAAUGAUAAAAAAACAAAACAA